AUUCUGUCGGAAGCACGCUGCGGGAUACCACAGCCAUUUUGCUGAGAAGUUUUGUCUUUUGCCGUGUCUUAUUUUCCUAACUCUAGGUCUUUAGGAAACUUUUGGGACCCAAGAUGUCGAUGGAGACGGUACCCAAGGAGAUGAGGAACCUGCGGGCUUGCCUGCUGUGUUCUUUGAUCAAGACCAUAGACCAGUUUGUAUUUGAUGGCUGUGACAACUGUGAACCGUACCUGCAGCUGAAAGGAAACAAGGACCUUGUCUAUGACUGCACAAGUUCCAAUUUUGAUGGAGUUGUUUCCAUGAUGUCACCAGAUGAUAGCUGGGUGGCUAAAUGGCAGAGGAUAAAUCGAUUCAAACCUGGUUGUUACGCCAUAUCAACAACAGGACGUCUCCCGCCAAGCAUCGUACGAGAACUGAAGACACACGGCAUCACUUACCGGUCCAGAGACACCAGCCAGAAGACAUAAGACUGGCAAUGACACAUGCCCAGGAUAUCAGAUUUAAGACCCAAGUUAUGUCAAGGAAGAAAGAUCAUCACCCACUUUUCAG